AUGCCGGUUUUCGAUCUAGGUCGUCUAGGUCGCUUCCAGAUAUCUUAUCUUCCGCCAUCAGACAUAUCGCAAGGAGAUCACCAAGACAUACCCUCAGGCCCGCCGCCUGAGUACACGGACAUCGCUGAAAGCGAGAUCAAGUACCUCUGUCCAUCGCAAGCACAGCCACCAGAAUGCAAGACCGAACAGAUCCGUCGCUUUCUCAUCGAAAUCGUUGCAAUAACCUUCAACGCGGACUUCGACUCGCUAAACGCAGCCUUGUACAACAUCCCCGUAUCAGACAACACAAACACAAUACUCUGCGACUCUGAGCGCGCAGACCUGGUAGCUCAAUCCGAUCUUGUACGCAAGGUGCACAGGCACUUCCUCCACAACACCAAGACACAUAUAUCACAACGAGACGAGAGAGCCAUCUGCUCCACCAUAACCCUUCCCGUCGCAGCCCUCCGAGCCUAUCACUAUAGUACAUUUUCGCAUUUCACUGUAUUCCCGCACUUCACUCUAGACAUGAUAGGGUGGUACGGCGAAGAAACGCGACAUCCAUCUGGCACACGCUGGACAAGCACGCUCCCCGGACACUGGGAUAUCAAUUCUCUGGGGUAUUACGAUCAAGAACAAGUUAUGUUCUGCAUGAGAUCGCUUUUCCAUGUCAUCGAGGACAUUGCUCCGAACGACAAGGUGCACGACGUGCUAAGGGAAGCAUGGGACACUUGUCGGCGACGCGGUGGGUAG